AAAUCUCUUAACGGGUUUGCUUUUUCCCCAUUUUCUUUCCCCAACAUUUCACUGGCCAGUUCGAUUUUGUCUUCUCUCGUCCCGGCCCUCCCCCCCCUGGAAAAUCCUGCCCUCCAAGAGACAUUUUCUGUAUACAUUACUUAUAUAUAUAUAUAUAUAAUAUAUAUUUGGAAUUUUUUUUUGAAUUGUGAUUUUGCUCAUGGCCACUCCGCUUCUUGCCGUUUAGUUCUGCCCUUCCCCCGCCUAGGGGGAGGGGGGGGGAGAGGGAGAAAAUAAUACAAUUUCAGGGGAAGUCGCCUUCAGGUCUGCUGCCUUUUUUUUUUUUUAAAUAAAAAAAGGACAUAGAAAACAUCAGUCGUGAACUUCUUCCUCUUCAAGAACUCGGGCGGCAAAGGAAAUCUUUGUUUUUGUUAUUUAUAUGCUGUCAAGUUUUGAAGUGGUGAGUUUCAGGUGAUCUUUAGAGGCGGGACUGAGUAUGGAUCAUUUGAACGAGACAACUCAGGGGAAAGAACAUUCAGAAAUGUCUAACAAUGUAAGCGAUCCGAAGGGUCCACCAGCGAAAAUUGCCCGCUUGGAGCAGAAUGGGAGUCCACUAGGAAGAGGAAGACUUGGAAGUACAGGAGCUAAAAUGCAGGGAGUGCCUUUAAAACACUCUGGGCAUCUGAUGAAAACAAAUAUUAGAAAAGGAAGUAUGCUUCCAGUUUUCUGUGUAGUGGAACAUUAUGAAAAUUCCAUUGAGUAUGAUUGUAAGGAGGAGCAUGCAGAAUUCGUGUUGGUAAGAAAGGACAUGCUCUUCAACCAACUGAUAGAAAUGGCAUUGCUGUCACUUGGAUAUUCUCACAGCUCUGCUGCUCAAGCCAAAGGGCUAAUCCAGGUUGGAAAGUGGAAUCCAGUUCCACUCUCUUAUGUGACAGAUGCCCCUGAUGCUACAGUAGCAGAUAUGCUGCAAGAUGUGUAUCAUGUGGUCACAUUGAAAAUUCAGCUACACAGUUGCCCUAAACUAGAAGACUUGCCUCCUGAACAGUGGUCUCACACAACAGUCAGAAAUGCUCUGAAGGACUUACUGAAGGAUAUGAACCAGAGUUCACUGGCCAAGGAAUGUCCCCUUUCACAGAGUAUGAUUUCUUCCAUUGUGAACAGCACUUACUAUGCAAAUGUCUCAGCAGCAAAAUGUCAAGAAUUUGGAAGGUGGUAUAAACAUUUCAAGAAGACAAAAGAUAUGAUGGUCGAAAUGGAUAGCCUUUCAGAACUAUCCCAGCAAGGUGCCAACCAUGUCAACUUUGGCCAACAGCCUGUCCCAGGGAACACAGCUGAACAGCCUCCAUCCCCUGUACAGCUCUCUCAUAGCAGCCAGCCAUCCGUUCGGACUCCUCUUCCAAACCUACAUCCUGGACUCGUAUCUACUCCUAUUAGUCCUCAGCUGGUAAAUCAACAGCUGGUAAUGGCCCAGUUGCUAAACCAGCAGUAUGCAGUGAAUAGACUUUUAGCCCAGCAGUCCUUAAACCAACAGUACUUGAACCACCCUCCUCCUGUCAGUAGAUCUAUGAACAAGCCGUUGGAGCAGCAGGUUUCAACCAACACAGAGGUGUCUUCCGAAAUCUACCAGUGGGUGCGCGAUGAAUUGAAACGAGCAGGAAUCUCCCAGGCAGUAUUUGCACGUGUGGCUUUUAACAGAACUCAGGGCUUGCUCUCAGAAAUUCUCCGAAAGGAAGAAGACCCCAAGACUGCUUCACAGUCUUUGCUGGUAAACCUUCGGGCUAUGCAAAACUUCUUGCAGUUGCCAGAAGCUGAACGAGACCGAAUUUACCAGGAUGAAAGGGAAAGGAGUUUGAAUGCCGCCUCUGCUAUGGGCCCAGCACCUCUGAUCAGCACACCGCCUAGCCGUCCUCCACAGGUAAAAACAGCAACUAUUGCCACUGAGAGGAAUGGGAAACCAGAGAACAAUACUAUGAACAUUAAUGCUUCCAUUUAUGAUGAAAUUCAGCAGGAAAUGAAGCGAGCUAAAGUGUCACAAGCACUAUUUGCAAAGGUUGCAGCAACUAAAAGCCAGGGAUGGCUGUGUGAACUGUUACGUUGGAAAGAAGAUCCUUCUCCAGAAAACAGAACCCUGUGGGAGAAUCUGUCAAUGAUUCGAAGGUUCCUCAGUCUUCCUCAGCCUGAACGAGAUGCCAUUUAUGAACAAGAAAGCAAUGCAGUCCAUCACCAUGGUGACAGGCCUUCCCACAUUAUCCAUGUUCCAGCAGAGCAGAUUCAGAGCCCCUCUCCCACCACUCUGGGGAAAGGAGAGCCCAGAGGUGCUUUCUUACCGGGCCUGCUGACCACUGGACCAUGGCUGGGUGCGGCUCCUCAGCAGCAACAGCAGCCGCCUCAACCGCAGCAGCCUCCACAGCAGCAGUCGCAGCAGCCGGGGCCCAGGCUCCCUCCGAGGCAGCCGACGGUGGCUUCGCCCGCCGAGUCCGAGGACGAGAAUCGGCAGAAGCCGAGGCCGCGAACGAAAAUUUCUGUCGAAGCCCUGGGGAUUCUCCAGAGUUUCAUCCAAGACGUAGGCCUGUAUCCAGAUGAAGAAGCAAUCCAGACUCUGUCGGCCCAGCUCGACCUUCCCAAGUACACCAUUAUCAAGUUCUUUCAGAACCAGCGGUAUUAUCUCAAGCACCACGGGAAGCUGAAGGACAAUUCCGGUUUAGAGGUGGAUGUGGCAGAGUAUAAAGAGGAAGAGUUGCUUAAGGAUUUGGAAGAAAGCGUCCAAGAUAAAAAUGCAAAUACCCUUUUUUCCGUGAAACUAGAAGAAGAAUUAUCAGUGGAAGGGAACACAGACAUUAAUGCGGAUUUGAAAGACUGAGCUAAAAGUAUUAUUUUCAUUCAACUGUGCCACUGGUAUUUAUUAAUGAAAUGAAAAUUCCAUCUUGCGUUCUGUCGGAAAUCUUUGUUAUUCAUUGUUUGGCCAAUGAAUCUUCAGAAACUUGCACAAAAGUUGAAAAAGGAUAAUGCAGACUGCACUAAAUGUUUUACUCUGUUUUAAAAAAAACUGCUUUGCAGCUCCAGAUGAAGCAUUGAGGAUUGUUUGAUAUUAAUUUGUGUUCACUGGAUACACCCUGGUGUACCCAAUAAGCAUGAUACCAGUGGUUUUGAUUCUGGAGCCUUCAAACAAGCAUUACAACUUCUGUGGUUAUUAUUUCUUUUUCUUUUUUAAUUCUUCCUGUAACACUCCACCCCUUGAUCUUUGGAAACUCACCUUUAUUUAAAAGAAAGAGUUUGUUACUCUUGCUCUAUUGUAUGUUACAAAAGAACUAUAGACUGUGGAAUGCAGUUUAAAGAUAACAUAUGCCAACAAAUGCCUUGUAUUAUAUGGCACUGCCGUAAUUCAGAUUUAUUUUCUUUUUUGGAAAUAAAAGGUCACUGUCAUUUUUUUUCCCAUUCUCAUUGUUACAUGAUUUAGAAAAAAAGAAAGAAAAGAAAAUGUGAAACACAAUUUAGUCCUCAUUAUUUAUUUGUAGAUCCUGCAGCAUCACGUUGUAAUUAAUUUUUUUGGAAGUUUCCGUUAAAUGUAAUAUUGCUUCUCCUGUUAUCAUACUGAUUCUUUUCUAUUUAUAAAUGUAUUUUGAUGGGCAGUAAAACAAAGUGUCUUAAAAGUUUUAAAUAGAGAAAAUGUGCUUUACACAGUUGCCUAUAAAAAGUGCUCUAUGUUAUCCAAGCAAUUCAUACUAUAAGCUUCACUCUUAUUGUUGUAUGCAAUUUUUACUAUCAUGCAAAUAAGCUUAGGUAAAUAAAACUAAUAGAUCACCUUAGAAACUUAUGCAAUUAAUGUGAAAAUAAUUGAUGUUUGCAAUGUGUCUUCCUUUGGUUUACAAUCAAUUUUAAAGCUACAUCUGUAUAAAUUUUCUGUAUAAAGGUGUAUUUCUUUUUUAUGAGUUUAUUGCUAUGAAAACACCAGUUAUUUUGUUACAGCUGGCUGUUUUUCUAAGUGUAUCACAAUUUUCUUUAUGCAGAAAUGUUCUGACUAGGAGUGGUUAUUGACUGUAACUACACAAUUAAAAUUGUUUGUAUGGUAUCAUA